AUGGAUGCUGUAUUCAACAAAUUAAAAACAAAAGUUUCAAGUGCUCUACCUGGUAAUCCAUUAACUCGAGAAUAUGAAAUUGAAAAACAAAUUGGUCAAGCUGGUCCUGGUUUACUAUGGAAGUUGUAUUCAGCUAAAAAGCGGUCAACUCAACAUGAAGCUACUAUAUGGAUUAUGGAGAAGAAAUUGUUAGAAUCUUAUCCAAAAACACAACGUGAUUCUAUGAUAGAAAUACUUAAACAUGGUGUAGCAACUCUGACACGAAUUAAACAUCCAAAAAUACUAUCUGUACUUCAACCACUGGAAGAAUCACGUGAAAGUUUAGCCUAUGCAUCAGAACCAUUGUUCACUUCACUGAAUAGUGUAUUGUCGAAAGAAUUUAUCAACACUGGACAACAACAGAAUGAAUCUAUGGAAUUCUCUUUAUCAGAUAUUGAAAUUAAAUAUGGUUUAGUACAGCUCGCUGAAGCUUUAAACUUUCUCCACUGUGAUUGUCAUCGUCUCCACUUGAAUUUAACACCUGAAUCUAUCGUGAUUAAUCGAUUUGGAAUAUGGAAACUUGGCGGAUUUGAAUUCUCUCAGGCAAUAUCUAAUCCAGACGGGAAACACUCGGAACAGUCUACUAUUGUCAGAAUUCCUACCUGGCAGUCAAAUUUAAUGCCUAAUUGUCAACUGAGUUUAAAUGCUAGCAGUCCAGAGGCAAUUUUACAAGGUGAAGUGACCGCUGCAAGUGAUAUGUUCUCUUUGGGUCUAUUAAUCUGUGCCCUAUUCAAUCGUGGUAAAUCAAUUCUCUACGUGGGGAAUGAUUAUUCAGCUUAUAAACGAACUGUGAAACAGCUGCCGUCGACAUUGUCUGCUAAAGCGACCAAUUUACCGAGUAAUUUGAAAGAAUAUGUCAAAAUGAUGGUUUCGUCGGAUCCACAAAUUCGACCAGAUGCUGUUCAAUUUUUAAGAACACCGUAUUUCGAAGAUGCUUCAAUGUCUGUACUGCGCAGUGUUGACAAUAUGUAUCAAUUGGAUAAUUUGGCUAGAUCACAAUUUUAUAAAUCCCUACCGAAUUCUAUUCAUACUUUACCAAAACGUUUAUGUCUGUAUCGUGUAUUUCCUCAAAUUGCCGAGGAUUUCUCGAAUCCACAUAUGGUACCAUUCAUUCUACCCGCGGUUUUACAAAUUAUGGAUAGUGUCAGUCAAGAUGAAUUUAUUCAGUAUAUGUUACCUCGUCUUAUCCCUGUGAUGACAAUGAAAGAGCCUAUUCAGGUGAGUUGUGAUCACACAAUGAUUAUAUUAAUAUUUUUACAAAAUUUACAUAUUCUAAGUGCAAAAUUUCCAAUUAAAGAAUUUCGUAAUUAUGUUCUACCAAUGUUACAAUUAGCCUUAGAUAUGGAUAAUAAAAUGAUACAAGAACUCUGCCUUAAAUCAUUACCAGGUAUAGGUAAAGCAAUGGAUAUUAGCGUAUUGAAAAAUUCCCUUCUACCUAGAAUACAAAGGUUAUGCUUAUCAACAGAAUAUUUAUCAACACGUAUGCAUUGUAUCGUGUGCAUUGGGAAGUUAUUAGAUCAUUUAGACAAAUGGAUUGUUAUGGAUGAUAUUCUCCCAUUUUUACAACAAAUUAAAUCACGUGAACCGACAAUAUUAAUAGCUGUACUAGGUAUAUAUCGUUUAGCCUUUAGUCAUGAAAAAUUGGGUAUAAGUCGAGAGAAAUUAGCAACCAAAGUUCUACCUCAUCUCAUCCCAUUAUCAAUUGAAAGCAGUCUAAAUUUAAAACAAUACAGUGCCUAUGCAUCGUUGAUACAAGAUAUGUGUAAACACUUGGAAAGGGAACAAUUCAGCAAAUUGGAACAGUUACACGGUGCAACUGAUGAAAACAGUAUGCUGAGAAUUGGUAAUCUAGAUGAAAGUAUGUGGAAUUCAUCAAAUUCUUGUUCAGAUUUGAUGACUCGAAUAAUUCAUGCCUAUGUGAAUGAUGCUGACCAAUAUAUUAAAGGAAAUACUUCACAAUCAGGUCCAACUAAUAACAGUAACAAUAAUAAUAACAAUAACGAAAGUAAAUCAUCAUCACCACCUAUUAACCAAAUAAAUGGUUUAUCAACUAAUGAAAGCAAUAAUAAUAGUAAUAAUAUUCAUUUGAGUUUAGAACAAAAACGUCAGUUAGCUGCUAAACAAGAACAAAUUGAACAGUUAUCGAAGUGUAUCACACCAUUACAACAAGGCCAACAAUCUUCUAUUGGACCAAUGAAAUUGACAACCACGAAUAAUAAUAAUAAUAAUAAACCAAAACCAAUUGAUAUUACAAGUUCUUUAAUUACUUAUAAUCUGAAUGCUUUAAAUAAUAACAAUAAUAAUAAUAAUAGCAAUACACUGAAUAAAGGAUCAAAUCGUUUAGGUACCGGGAUCCCAUUAUCGUUAAUUACACCACCUCAACCUCAACAGCAGCAGCAACAACCACUACAAUUGACCUACGGACAAAAUGGUGUUUUUAACGCUUCUUCACCUUAUUCAAACAAUUUUGUUCAAGGUCAAAACACCAUGGCGUCUACAGUGUCACCGAAUGCAAUAGUUCCAUUAUCCUUCAAUCAGAAUAAUAGUAAUAAUUAUGCACCAUUUACCCCAAUGACAUCUCCACCAAUCAAAUCUGUCCAACAGUAUAAUAAUAAUAAUAAUUCAUUCUAUCCUAUGUCGACCAAUCAGAUGGCAAUGCCCUUGACGCCAUCUUCACAAUUAUUAUCCAAUCAAAAUUCAAUAAAUAAUAAUUAUAAUCAAACCUCUAUUAAACCGUUAUCUAAAGGUGAUAUAGAUGAUUUGUUAAGUUAG